CUUAUAGCUCAUACUUUUGUCUAUCUCUUUCUUUUCGCACCAGUUGCAGCGUGAUCCAGAUGAGUGGGUGAGAAGCAAAGGAGCAAGAGGAAAGGAAGGAGAGAAAGAGGCUGAAAGAGGAGGAGGGAGAGAGAGAGAGGGCGAGGGAGAGAGAGAGAUUGGAGAAGCCAGUUGUUCGUCCUGCAGUCCUGGCUGGCUCUUUUAGUUUACAGGCAGCCAGGCAGAGUUUCUUGGCUUGCACACAGCUCUCAUGACAGGACUAGGAGUUGGGGACGCGGGACCAACCGGAGAUCUGCAGGUCCGAGCCAGAUUCUCUUCCUGUGCAGCUGUGACCGGCCCACAGCGCCCGGCACUCAUAGUCUGACAGCUGAGGUUGACCUGAGGACCAGAGAAUCCUCUGCUGCACCAUGCGUGUGCUUCCGGCCCUCCUGCUGCUCCUGGUGCUGCAGGCGGUGGAGCCCCGCAGGCGCUCAGGGGCAGGUGAGCGGGCAGGUCGGCGGGCGCGGGCAGGUGAGGAGGAGAUGGGGAGCAGAGUGCGAGGCAGAAACAGAGCUGCAGUGAACAGGCGCCAGACUCCACAGUGUAAAGAGUAUGAAGAGGCCGGAGACAAGUACCUUGACUGUCAGGACAGACAGCUCACCACCGUCAUGCAGGACUGGCCCACUGACAUACACCACCUGCUGCUGGCCCGCAACAAGAUCCAGGUUUUGCGAGACAACAUGUUCUCCCAGUUCACACAGCUCAAGAGUUUGGACCUGCAGCAGAACAUGAUCUCAUUGGUGGAGGAGCAAGCCUUCAACGGCCUGUCCAAGCUCACCACUCUGCUACUCCAACACAACAGCCUCAAAACAGCGUCAGAGGAAGUCCUACUACCCCUGCCUCGCCUCACCUACCUCCGGAUCUAUGACAACCCCUGGCACUGUCAGUGCUCUCUGGACAGUCUCAUCAGGACCAUACAGGUGCCGAGCAAACGCAACCUGGGUAACUAUGCCAAAUGUGCUGAACCGAUGUCGCUGAAAGGGCAGAAGCUGAAGAAAAUCGAUGCGGAUAUGCUGUGUGUGGAUAGAAAGCCAGGUGGAGGUGGACAGGGUGAACAGCAGGGAGGGGACAGGCCAAAACCAACCAAACGACCCAAAAUGGAUGCUACGUCAAUGUGCCACACGUAUAUGUUCCCCAGACCGGUGCUAGACUGCAGUCUCAAAGAUUUGAAGAACGUCCCAUCCGACCUGCCCUCUGACAUAGUAAAGAUGGAUCUGUCCAGGAACUCUAUCAGAACCCUCAGGCCCAAACAGUUCUUGCUGUCCAAAGACCUCAAGCUGCUCAAUCUAAGCAGCAACAGCCUGCAGAAGAUCGACACAGCUGCUUUUGCCGGUCUACUGUACCUCCGCGAGCUGGACCUGUCCAACAACAGCCUGCAGUAUUUCCAGUACGGGGUUCUGGAGGACUUGUACUUCCUCCGGACACUCUCCCUGGGCUACAACCCCUGGAUCUGCGACUACAACAUCCACUACCUGGUCUACUGGCUCAAGCACCACCCUGGGGUCUCCUACUCCGGUCUGGUCUGCUCCGAUCCACCCGAGUUCAGAGGGUGGAGAGUGGAGGAUUAUGUCAAGACCUACAAUGGAGAGUGUCCCAAAGAAAAGCAGACGGAUUUUGACACGAGUCCCGGGGUGCAGGGGGGAGAGAAUGAGGCGCAGGAGGUGGUGGUGACAGAGGGUGGACUACCACGACCCAUCAAAGAGAAACCAAACAGGAUUGAGAUCAUUAGAUUAAAUUAGAUGCAGUAAAAUUAGGCUCUUUCAAUGUUCAAAUUCUCUCAAUCAAUGUGGACAAUAAUAUGACCUUACAUGUGAUCUGCUUGGGACCCCACUAUAAAAUGAAAUAGAUGGCAAGUGUACAUUUUAGGUGUAAAACAUUUCAAAUCCGAUUUCAUAACUCUUAUUUAAGUAUUUUAUUGUGUUAUUUGAUCUAAUUCCCCCAAAAUGUACAGUUUACAGUGCAUUAUUUAUUCACUCCACACUUGAUGGUGGUAGUCACAGCUGCCCUGGGUCAGACUGACAGAAGUAAAGUUGCCAAUUCAGCCACCAGUAACAAUCACGACUCCCAUCCAAGUACUAACCAGGCCCGGCUUUUUAAUUAAUAGUAUUGGAAAUGAGAUUUGUUUUAAUGCCUAGAACCAUCUUGAUUCAGGACUAAAUAAAGACUAAUUAUGUUAAUCAUGACCUAUUAAAAAAAGGACUUGUGAGGACCGCCUUAGAUACUGUAAAAGUGUAACUUCAUUUUUGUCUUGUUUAUUUGUAGACCUUUCCCAUUCGAGUCUGUAUCAGAUAUUUGAACCUUCUUCUUCAUUUUGUUUUUAAUCUUUGUGAACUACAGGUGCUGCUUUUGCUACAUCUAAAUUAAAAUUGAAUUCAGGAAAUUUUGAGAUAGCGUUUGUUACUGAUAAGAUACAGUAGUUUUUGGUCUUGUUUUGGUAUGUUAUAAUAUUGUUUGCUCAUUUUCUGGGAAAUAAAAUGGCGUCUAUUUUUUCUGAAA